AUGUCUAUGAAUAAACCUAUUACGAUUAUCGAUGAAGAUGACAGUAAAACCACUUUCCCGGCUCCUCUACUAAAAAAGCAAAACUUUCUAGAUCAAAUAGAUCUUGGGUAUAAAUUCCCUUCCAAUAAUAAUAGCAACAAUAAUAAUGGAAACAAAAAAAAAUUAGCCGCCAUCACAAAAAUUGAACUAGAAUUCAAAGCCUUUCUUUGGGACCUCAAUGUAACCUUCCAAGAAAAUGAUAUAACUGAAGAUGACGGUAAAAUAUAUUUAUUAUCUCGGCAGUUAACCACCCCGUUAUAUGAGUCGUUACAAAAUUACAUUUCUGAUACCAAAGGUAAGCGAACUUUAUCAUAUUCUAGAAUCAUCAAUGAUUUGAUGCAUUAUUAUUGCCAUACCGACUUUGACAAAUUGGUCAACUUAUGGACUGAGUUUACUAUGAUAAUACAAGGAACGGGAGGUAUUAGGGAAUAUAUUUCUAAAUUUGAAGAACUGUAUAAUCAAUUACCUGAUAAUUUCAUUUCAAAUAAUGGAAUGAUCUGUCAAUUUAUUAGAAAUUUGAAACCUUCAUAUAAGUCAUUUUUUCAGAAAAAAAUCAUAAAUUUACAAAUUGAAUUGACUUGGGCAUUGGUUCUUUCCAUUGCCAGGGAGGCAGAAACAUAUUUAGAACAAAAUCCAUUCCUUUCCAAAGGUACAAACGGAAACAGAACAGUACCUAGCAGGUACGGAAACAAAAAUUUACACCAAACAACUGCUGAAGCAACAACACCUACAGCAGCCACAACAAAGGGUAAUUAUAAUCCAAGACAUGGAAGAAAAAAUGAUCCUAGCAACCAUGCUGUAAAAAAUAACAAUAAAUAUGUCCCCGAAGAUAACAAUUAUCAGCUUUAUACACCUCAACCUUAUGCAUUAAGCGCUUCAACUUUAAACGUCCCAAGGAAAAUGCCCAAAGAUAAUAUAUAUGAUCCAGCACAAAACAUUUGUAAUAUAUGUUUGAGGAAAGGUCAUCCUAAAAAGAUGUGUAGGGCAAGAGGUAUUAGGAAACCUUCCCCACUUUCUUAUGAUUAA